UGGACGUAGACGAAGAAGCUUGAUUCGUAUCCAUAUUAUGGCCAUAUGGUCAAGCUAAGAAGAAUAAACUGUAAUGGAGAAAUGGAGAAACCGCACAGCGAUGCAAAAGGUCAUGGAGUGGUGGGCCCAUAGGUCACUCGUCGCUCUGUGCAUUCUUCCACCUAUAUGCGUAAUACCUGGAAUCAUCUACUACCAACUUCCUAGCUUCUAUCGCGAUGACAAUGAAUACGUCGUCGACACCAGCAGGUGCAGGAUUCGUGGCUUCGAUCCAUUCGACCCGUCCCUUAAGAAGCACAUCUAUCGCUUGCAGAGUAGGCGCUGCGACGACCCACCAGCAGCAAUACUCCAAAGAGGCUCGGCCCUUCAUCUCAGCCGUGAAGUUUUGCAAAUGUACUACAUGUGUAACUUGCAGGACAUCGCGUGUACAUAUCAGGAAGUCGGCCGAAACCGCUCGGCACGUAUUCCAGACGACACGAUCGUCUUCAGCGAACGAGUUGACCUGACCUUCGGAGUUCCGGUUCAUGCGGAGUACAUCAAAGUGGAAUGCCGUUGUCGCAACGGUGAAGUUUUUUAUACGGACUUCUUCCUUCUGCCCACGAUGAAAAAGGAAGGGCAAUCUGAACGCCAAUUCACAUCCGCGGUGUCAGACGGUACUACUGAAAAACUGAGUGUCGUAGUACUGGGACUGGACUCGGUGUCUCGUCUCAACUUUAAGCGUUUUAUGAAACGGACGCGCGAUUAUAUCGAACGGUUCCGUCCAUUUGAGAUGCUCGGAAUGACGAAAGUGGGCGACAACUCUUUUCCAAAUCAGAUCCCUUUGGUGACCGGCAAGAAAGGAAGUGAAGUGAACAGAUCUUGUACCAAGCGUUUCUUUGACGGCGAAGACUUGAUCUGGAAGGAGUACUCUCGACAAGGCUACUACACGCUGUUCCUAGAAGAGAUGCCAGACGCUGGCUUGUUCAGGCGCUUUUGCCGCGGCUUUCGUGAUCCUCCCGUGGAUUACUACGCUCGCCCUCUGAUUCUCGCCGCGUCAGAACCGCCGCAUCGGUUUUACAGUGGCACGCAUCCCUGUAUGGGAAGCAGAGAUCAGACAUCGGUAUACUUGGGCUAUAUGGCGUCGCUGCUCUCUCUCCUGAAAGACGAGCUGCACUUUUCGUAUACCUGGAUCAGUGACAUAACGCAUGAUAAUUUUCACGGGCCCGGUUACGCUGACGCUUCAUUCCGAGCAACAUUCCAGAGUCUCGAGGACGCCGGAGUCAUGAAUCGUUCAGUGGUCGUCUUCUUGAGCGACCAUGGAUUCCGAACCGGAGACGUCCGCCUAUUAUUAACGGGAAAGUACGAAGAGAGAUUACCCUUCUGUUUCUUAAUGUUUCCUUCAGCUUUCCAUAUGAAAUAUCCCGACGUAGUCGAAAAUCUUCGCAAGAACCAGCGUAGGCUGACGACACCGUUUGAUCUCCACGCUACACUGUUGGAAAUAUCGCAGUUCCCUGCCUUUGCCGACAAGCAGGAAUACAGAACCAAGUACGGUAUGAGCCUCUUGCAUGAGAUACCUGAAGAUAGGACGUGCGAGGAUGCCUCCAUAUCACCACACUGGUGCUGCUGCCAACGAACACGCGAGGUAUCUGCCAAGAAACCGUUAGCAGCGCGCAUGGCCGUGCUUGUAGUGGACACCGUAAAUGGCUGGUUGGAAGAGGAAGUGCCAGGAAAGUGCGUCCCGCUUAUAUUAGAGAAGGUGAUCAGCGUACAAAAGCGACAUCUUACGCACGUAAAGGACGGAACGCUGUUCUUCUGGGUUACCCUGAAUGCGUCCAACACGGGUGCUCUCUUGGAAAGCACAGUGGCUGUGAAUAGCGUUGGUGGAAUGAAAGUCAUCGACACCGUCAGUCGCAUCAACCGGUACGAUGCCUGCAUUAGACGCCGCGUUCUCGACAUGUACUGCGUGUGCCGGAAUGAGACCGGGGCGUAACUAUGUAUAGGCUUUUGGACUUCGCGAUAAACGAUAGAAUUACAACAUACUGUUACGAUACUGAUGCAAUAUACUGACACUAUCAAGUCCGUUCUGUUA